AUGUUCAACAUGAACAGUCGUCAAAUACUUUACAUAGUGGAACUGUUUGGAACAUUCACGUGCACUUGGCCACCUGAUCCGAAUAGUAGUAAGAAACAAAUUAUUUUCCGCAAUAUACGAUGGUUGUUCGCGAUGUUAAAUUUGAUUUUAUUGACGAUAUCCUUGACACUUGCUCUGUAUUACUUUCGACAUAAUGUAUCUAUAUUAAUGAAAAGUAUCUCUGAGCUGACUGCUUUGCUCGAGGCGGUCCUUGAUUUAAUUCUUUGUCGAAUGAAUAACGACCAACUGCAGGUCCUCAUAGGAAAAGUGAAAACGUUCAUAGAAGUGGCCAAUGAAUAUGAAACUAAAACAAUGGAAAGAUACAUGGCUCGUUACAAACAAUUUCUCUCAAUAACCGCAUCGGCAUAUAUCAUAUGUUCGAUCUUAUUCACUUUAGGGCCUUUUUUUUCGGCCCAAGAAUUACCAAUAGAUGGGUGGCUUCCAUUCUCCACUGAAUCGUCUGGAAUAUAUUGCAUAGUUUACAUUAAUCACGUUUACUGUAUUUAUCUAACGACAUUCUGCAUCGGUGUAGACUUCAUGAUCGUCAUUCUGUUCAGUUACUCUGCGGCCAAAUUAAACAUAUUAGAAGUGAAACUACGACGUGUGAACGAUUUCGAUGUACUGGUAAGCUGCGUCAAGGAACAUCAAGAAAUAAUAGGAUUUGUGGAGGAUACUAAAACUACUAUUGAAACUUUAUUAUUCAAAACGAACGCCACGAUGGGAAGCGCAGUGAUAUGCGGGGGUUUCCCCUUGAUUUAUAAUCAAUCAUUGACCGUAAUGGGCAAGUUUAUUUUUGUGAUGAUAUCUGGCUGCACCCGCAUGUACGUCAACGCCUGGCCAGCAGAUGAUUUGCAAGAAUGUGUAAGCCAGCCAAUAGUAAUGUUGUUAGAACAUCUCAUCUAG